AUAGGUGAGGAAGAACUUGGAUGAAUUUUAAUCAUAUACGGCUCAGUGACAAUAAAAUUCUGUUAGCAUAAUACUGGUUUAUAAAGGAUAAACUGAUUCGAAAAAGAGGAGAAAAUAUUCGCUGAAGAUACAAUAGGGCAAUUUGUCGUAGGACGAUUUAUCAUUGCAAAAUGUCGGUACCUAAUUUAAGUUUGGAACAUCUUGCCGAAGUAAAGGCCUUCGUCGAAUUGUGCAAGUUGGAUCCUUCGAUAUUAUGUAAACCAGAGUUUGCUUUUGUCAAAUCAUUAAUAGAGCAUUUUGGCGGUAAAGUAGAAGUUGCUAAAUCGAAAAGUGAAACCGAAUGCAAAAUUGAGGAAACCGAAACUAAACCGCAAAUAGAGAGCGAAGAAAGUGAUUUGGAAUUAGAUAUGACAGGAGUUAUAGAACCGGAGACCGAUGCGCCACAAGAAAUGGGAAACUUUACCUUGCAACCGACGGAAGAAGAAAUUACAGAGUCUCAAGCGAAACGUUCGGAAGCUGUUUCAGCAUUUGUAGAGAAAGAUUAUGAAAAGGCUAUACAGCUUUAUACGGAAGCUAUUAUAUUAAAUCCACAGGCAGCACUUUUAUAUGCUAAACGUGGACAAAUUUAUUUACUAUUGAAUAAACCUAAUGCGUGCAUUCGCGAUUGCGAUCGGGCAUUAGAAUUGAAUCCCGAUAGUGCAGCAGGUCACAAAUUUAGAGGACGAGCGUAUCACUUACUUGGAAAAUGGGAAGAAGCAGCGAACGACUUGAGACUUGCUUGUAAAUUUGAUUUUGACGAACAGGCAGACGAAUGGCUACGCGAAGCUACUCCAAAUGCCCGUAAGAUCGAAGAACACAAAAGGAAGAAAGAACGUAAACUCGAAGAAAAGUUGGGACACGCGAAAGAAGAAAAUGUAAAGAAAGAGAAGGAGGAGGAGCCUGCGAAGGGAACUGGCGAAAAGGGAGAUUUCUAUAAAUUCUUGAGCGAUCCGGAAAUGCUCGAAGGUUUUAUGGAUCCAGAGAUAUCCGUAGCGUUCAAAGAAAUUUACGAAAAUCCAACGAGCCUAUGGAAAUAUCAUAAAAAUCCGAAAAUCGUAACAUUCAUUGAGAAAGUAGCCAAAAAAUUUGACGAUGGCACAGGUAGGCCUAAUUUAUCCGGUAUGAUGGCCGGUAUGCCAGGUUGUUCCGGUAUAAACAUUCCGCAAUUUACCGCACCAAAGUCCUCUCAACAACCUCAACCUCAGGAUGAUGUUGGUCUUGACUAGGUUACGCAGCACAGAUUGAUCGCCAUUCGACGAGGACAAGAACAGCAUCGAUGAAGGAGUCUCGAAACCUAGAAUGCUUUCUGCCCUGUUGUACAACAUUAUUUUCAAGAUAUUUUCAUGUUAUUUUCGCGCAGCUCCACGUGUUUAGCAUCGUUUUGUUGUUUUUCACUUACGAUUAGAGUUACUUGGAAUACAUUAUUUGUGAUGGACUUUGUCACGCUGCUUUGCAUGUACAUACCAUACUUGAUCGUCACUAUUAUGAUCUGCAUUAAUAUCUCAUUUAUCAGCCUUAUCAUGUUAAAUCUAUAAAGUAUACACGUUGUUUUUACGAAAAAAUAUUUUUCAGUCAAACUCGAUAUACGAAAGUUUUGCGUUUUAGGUUAAAAAUAUUAACGCGAUAAAAUAUGUAUAUUUCGUUUUAAACUUCAUUUUUUUUUCUUUGGGAAAAGAAGGAACCUAUGAUCAUAAAAAAUAUUUUAUUAUAAAUAUUAAUCGUCUGAUCAUUAUAUCUGGCAUGUCGUCUUUUUAACAACACUAAAUAAAUCGUGUGCAAUGUUAUUACGAUUUUCUAGGUAAUCGAGUCGUUAUGUUAGACGUAAUUUCUAUUUAAAACGCUUAAAUUUCGGUUUAAUGUUCGAAGCAUCUUCGAAAUAUGUACACGUACAUAGCUAUAUCGCGCGAAGGAGAUUGAAUGACCGAAAUCAUUUGUAUAGUUUUCUUAAAAUAAUAAAAAUAUAGUAUUAUCUUAACAAUAAAACUGAAA